AUGUCGAUGGUGUCGCCUCCUUUCCACAAGUUGGCCCAUCCCCUCGACAAAAGGCUGGUUCGAAAGGCGGCUUCGGUGGCGAGGUGGGAGAGGAUCUACUGCAGAAUGCGGUCUCUGGGAGAUCGCUCGCCCGAUCUGCGUCUUUCGGCAUUCUCCAAAGAAGCGAUCGGAGAGAAGGUUAGAGAAGAAACGGAUACGGUAGCAGAGAAGGAAUGGUAG